UAAAUAUGGAGGACGAACUAGAACUACAAGAACUCAACAGUUCUCAUUCUUCGAAAACCUUCAUGAAAAGAGACAACAAAGUCCGAUCUCCUCCUCAUGCUCCCAAAGUAACUGGAAGAGGUGACGGCAACAAUGAUAUCACAAAUCUAUUCCUGAUAAAAAAUUAUUCUGGCACAAAACCACUACAAACACCGAUAUUGGAAGCUUUAAGCAGAAAAAUCGAUAAGAAUUAUUCCCAGAUAUCGGAUACACUCUCAGAAACUCAAGAAAUGUCUCAAAUAUCCGAUGAGGUUUUUCAAGAUGAAAGGAAAGCUUCGAUUGACAGUCCCAGUAGAACAGACUCUAGAUCUUACAGAGACAGGGUUAAGAACAGAUUUCUGAUGAUCAAAGAAAAUGCGGGAAAGUCGGCACAUAAGGCUAGUUUCAAAGACACCACGAAAAAAUUGAUAAUGGAGAGAAUCAGACAAGAAAAUGAUAGUAUCGAAUUUGAGAUAGAACAAAAACGGAAAACAUUCGGAAGAACGAAUAUCGACAACAAAAAAAUGUAUGAUUUCUUUGUAGGUGAGAAUGGUCCACCAGAGGUUGAAAAAUGGCCGGAAGCGGAAGGUGUUCACGAAAUCAUCAACAAAUCAACUGAACAAUUAAUAGGUGAAUGUUCUGAUGAUGAAACUUUGGUAGAAAUGAAAUAUCCAGAAAAUCUUAGGUUUCAACAGAAAGCAGCUGAAGUUGAAUGUCUAUUCAGACCAUCUGGGAAGACUAUAGAAUUGUCUAAAAAAUUGACUAAUGAAGAACCCAGAUAUUUAGAAGAUGAGGGUUUCUUUGUGCCACCGAGACCAAAUAUCUCAAGAAUAUCUUGCAAUAUACUGGAGGAACGCCUACUGAGUAUUGGGGACAAAAGAUGGUUCAAUUGUCAAGGUGAGCUAGCAAUCCUAGAAAGUCCUUUAACUGGAACGUCAAUCAGACCUCAAGAACAUCAAAAUUUGGACGAAAAGUUGACAAUAUUUGCGAAACCAACUCUACACGAUACAGAAUGUCAGGAAAUUGUAGUUAUCAAAGAAAAUAUCCUUCAAGUUAUCAUAAAAAAUUUAAAGUUCUAUCAUCAUCCAUUAUUCAGUCUAGAACAUGUUUUGGAGAGGCAAUUGCGCAAAACAGCAAAUAAAUACGAGAUAUUUCUAUCCAACCAUACAUUAAAAAAAAUGUACAAUCGUCUGGAAGCAACUAGACAUAUUCUAUUGAAUGCCGAAAAAACAUCGGGUGAUGACAAAAGAGAAAAAAUAUCUAAAUAUAAAAAAGACAUAAAGGAACUGAGAGACGCUCUUUUAAUCCAAGGAAAGGAAGAGAGACAGCUAUUAAAGUAUACUCUAACGUUGUGGAAAAAUAUCAAGAAAUUAAGAGCAAGAAACGGUUACACCGUUACACCAGUUAAACUAAUAAUACACAGAGAAUCGCAAAAUAUAGAAGCGGAUAAGAAGCUUUACGAAGAAAACUUACAGAAAGCCUAUCAAGAAAUCCUCAGAGAGUACAGAGACGAAUUCAAGAACAAAAUGAGAGACUACAAAAAAACAUUGCAAGAGAUACAAGACAGUCCUAGGUCGGAAACUGAGGCCAUCGCUGGUGAUUCCCCCAAGAAGCCAACUUAUAACGUAGACGAGGACGCGGUGUUCAACCAGCUGAAGACGAAGUUUGGAGAAUCUUUCAGGAAUCCUGGAGAACCCACCAUCCGCUUCAGAUUGAGCGACGAAGUUGCAGUAACAGAAGAAGUGGACAACCGUCAAGAAAAAGCGAGGAGAAACUCUGUCGCCUCCACGAAAAUAUUCCUCAAGAUCAUCUGCAACAAGUUGACCGUUUGCAAGACCAAACCCAUUCCUUUGGACGAUCGGUUCGAAGUUAACGUGAACGAGAAAAUGUCCAUACUUUUAACGAACACUCCUAAGUUCAUUAAAGUAGUCGUUAUGGAACAAUCGAACAAGAACUCUGCCAUCGAUGUCAAUUUGCCUGUUCCUUUCCAAACGGUCUCCAGAUCCAAGAUGAAGAACGCCAGAGAAGAAUUCGAGAAGAUCGGCUCUGCCACUUACAAACACGAGGGUGUGGGAAGUGGGAUCGAGCUGCGAAAAUUGCUGGAAAGCAACGAUCUCGACUAUCCUUCUAAUCUGGAAGAUUCGAAGCUGAACACAGCCGGUUCCGUACACUAUCAGUCGUUCUGGAGGAAUUCUGGAAAUGAGGAGAACGGUGAUAACGUGGUGGUUGAUGAGGUGCUGGAGGCCGUAGUCGAUAAGAAUGGGACCAUACAGAUCGAUAAAUUGGCCGAAUGGAUCGGUCAAACCAAUCCCGAUCCACAAAAUCCGAGGAAUUCGGUAUUGUACGAAUACAUCCAAGAGUUCAGUGAGAACUUGACUGCGUUGAACAAGAAUAAUUACUUCAGGUUAAACCCCUAUCAAAAAUCAUUGGAAUUUUGCGACAUUUCCGAAAUUGACGAUAACAUCCGCAUGAAAAUUUUACAACUCCGCAAUCAAAACGAACCUGAAUUUGAUGGAAUGGUAGUGCCUAACCGUAUCAAAGAAAUUCCUCGAAAUAUACUGAAAGAUUAUAAAAGGAGGAUAGCCAACGAAAGGGAAGGGCUAUUCAUGGAAGAAUCCAAAGAAGAAGGAUACGACUCCAGGAGGAAGAACGGGAUGAGGAUCAUGAAACAGAUACAUACGAAAGUUUUUCAGAAGUGUAAAAAUUCCACGAAUAAUUUGGAAAUCGACGAUAUUCUAGACGAAAAAUAUUUGGUUUAUUUUGAGAAUCUCAUCAAAACACUCACCACAAACUUUUUCAACUGGUUCCGUUGGAAACCACAGAUGAGUCACCCCCUACCUGAAUUGAAAAAGUCGAAUGUUGAGAAGGUUCAAACGAGCAAUCAGGAAUUGUCUAGUCUAGUGAAAAUUACCGUGAAAGUAUUGAACGCUGUGAAUAUACCAGAUAGGGACGUGUCAGUUCAGAAGAGUCAGCAUUUGUUAACCGACCAAGUUGAGGCUAACAGUACGGUCAAGUCAUAUGUGGAAGUCAGAUUUAACGAUAUCUUCGACAGAACGACUGCUGUUGAGGGGACUCAACCAGUUUGGAACGAGGACUUGACGCUGAUUCUCAGUCCUUGCCAUUUCGAUUAUCUUAAUCCGAACUCUUUGAGUGGGAGUAUCAUGUUAAACGUCUUCGAUGAGGUGAAUCAAAAUAUUCAGAACAAGGAAGUAAAGACUGGAAAUUGGCUGGGAUCUAUUGAAGCUCCACUAUCUGCUAUUUGUAGUAACAACGGAAUGGCUGGUCAUUUUAAACUCAACAUACCUAAUGUCCUAUUUGGUUAUGUCAGAGAAGAUAUGUCAUCUUCGUCUAAUCAGAACGAGUCAGGAAAACAUACAUACCUGAAUUUACAAUUUAGUGUUCAACCUAAUAUUCCCAAGCUCACUCCAAGUAUAUGGGAAUUACCAAGCAGCGAUCUUCCUUACAUUAAAGACUAUAUCAUCAAUUGGAACGAAAGUUACAAUCACAGUUUUCCAUCUAGAAAAUUCUCAGCUCUAGCUAUAAAUUCAAGCGGUAAGACCACGUGUCUUGUUAGGUACAUAAAAGCCUUGGAACCACCGCAAUUGAACAACGAAGGGUUCGAUGUGGAACCCACUCAAUGUGCCAAAUUUGUGUCUCUUAUACCCUUCACCAAUUGCAACCACUUCUACCAGAAUGUUUGGCUGUCUACAGACCAAUUACUCCAUUUAUUGAGUGGUUCAAUAAUAGAUCAUGCCGUUGCCCUUACUUGUUUCUUGUUGUCGUUGAAACUUGACGUUUAUCUUUUGCUUGGAUACGGCUUACCACAUGGAUCAACGGCUUAUGUUUUGCUGUGUGAACAUUCGAAAGAGACCGAGUUACCUUUGUACAGCAUUUUCGACGUGGUUAGUGGAGAGAAAAUAAGCAUCCUGGAUGCCUAUUGUCCUUUGCAGAGGGUCUAUUGCGUGGUUCGAGAACAGAAUAUAUGGGCAAAUAUCCAAAGAAACGACAAUGUAGCUUCGACAAGGUUCGAUUUUUCGAGAAAAUCAGACUGGUUGCCCUUAUUCAACGGAGAUAUCAGCGCACCUACCAAUUCGGUCCACAACAAGAUCGUUUAUAUGACUAGGCAGAACGCUGAAGAGUUGGAAGUGAUGUUGGACAGAAAAAUAAGGAAACUGAUCGCCAGGUCAAGGCCUUUGAACAGGACAAUAUGGAACAAAAGAGUCUCGAACGUUGUUAAAAACAAUAUUCAUCUUUUGGAUUACGUUUCUAUGCAUGGCAGGACGAAUCAGGAGAUCAGCAUUGAGCUAAUCAGGAAUAUUUCUGAGUACAAUGUUUGCGGUUAUAUUCUGAACGUCCCAUACACGAAUAUAUCUACCAUCAUUAAGAAGGUCAAAAUGUAUGGAGUUUAUUUCCAAGAGGGUACUGAUGUUGAGUUUUCUUUAGCAGUUCAAGUGGAAGCACAACCAGCGUUCAUUGCAUCUGUUUGGAUAUUUUUGGCCGUUGUUAGAGAUAAAUGAAAUUAUCGAAAAUGUUGUUUUUGUUUUAGUAUUUUUAAUAAUAAAACCAAACC